AUGCCUGCCCCAUCGCUGAAACACCUGGCUACGGCCACGGCAAUCAAGCAUGUGAAGAUGCUGACUGAUAUUGGGAGCCUCCCGUAUGCCCUCGCUCGUCCGAUCCUAAUGAAAAUCGACAAUCCAGAGAAACUGCAUUCAAUGGAACUCCUAUCCCCGCACCUCGCCGAAGAAGACCAAGAAAUCUGGCUCGAACUAAUCAAACGAGACAUCCCCCGAUGGAACACCUACGAUCUCCCCAAACACACCAACCGCUGGUACGAAGUCUACUGUGACCUCCAAGCCGAAGUCCAACGUGAACUCGAUGCCGACGCCGCAAAAAUGAAAAUGGCCAUCGACGGGAUCAAAUCCGAGCGUGCCCAGCUCCAACCAAAAGUCGUGAACCAAUUGCCAAGGGGAGUACGUGCAUCCCGUCCACGCAUGGCUCCGAGAGGCGUGUACAUACCUCGGUCGGGUGGUCUUACGGCACCGGAAGCCAAGAAGAAAGCGGCUAUUUUUGCGCCGCAGAGGAGGAAUACGGCGUUGGCGGUGCCGACCAAGCAUCUUAGUACGAGGGCGACGCAGAUUAAGAAGGCGCCGAGGUCGUUGAUUGAGGAGCAUCGGCGGCCGGUGGAGCAAGCUGUUCCGAGGCGGGAGAAUCAGAGUAUUGCACCAGGGCGGCUGUCCGUACCUGGGAGAGCGGCGUCCGCGUCUUCGUCUACUUCUGCUCGUCCGGGCUCUGAUUUCCGGGGUUCGUCUUCACUGGCGGAGCGGGAGGCGAGGCUGAAGGCUAUUGCAUCCGGCAAGCCAUUGCCACUGAAGCCACUGCCCUCGUCAGCCGCUGCUGCUGGCACAGCUGCCACACCCAAUUCUCACGACCAUCCAUCCCCAGCCAAGGAAGCUCCAUCGCCAGCCAAACGAGCUAUCCCCAAGCGCAGAGCUACCUCUCCACCUCAUCAGACCCACUCACAUUCACUAUCCCAGCCAUCGAACGUCGAUGGCCCUUCUGGUGGUAAACCAGAUAAUGGCCCCGAACCCGCCGCCCGUCCAGCUCCCGUCCGGAAACGACCAGAAGUCGAUAUCUUCCUUCGACCCAAGAAGAGGCGAGUUGUCUAA